CAAGGCUAUUCUGAUCGUCAGUCCUUACGAUGACUGUAUAUAUCGCAUCAUCAAUUUCAUAGCAUUUGUAGCCCAGUAAGCAUUCGUCGUUCAUUUCGCUGUGCAAGUUAAAAACCACUCAAACUCGACAACACAUCCCUGCACUGGCGAGCUCGAGCUUGCGGGCCUCUGGCCAUCAGCUCAUCAAUGCAGACUAUCUGCGCAUCCUCUACCAGAGUCAACACAUCUUGGCUGUUUCCAAACCGCCGUUUACAAUCUGCCAAAAUGAGCCAGACAACGCAAGCAGCGUCUUUGCUCUUUUGAAGACCAAGUACCCAAUGCUCUUCUCCUCUCGGCUCCAACAUCCAUUUCAUGCUCCAAAAAGUGUCCAUCGACUCGAUGGCCUUGUGUCAGGCACGUUGCUCCUCGGCACUUCGGUGCCUGGCACACGACAACUGGCCAAGCAGUUUCGUAGACGUUCCAUUGCAAAGCGGUAUGUGGCCAUCCUAUCACAGCUACCUGGGCAGUUUUCUGUGCUAGAAAAGCAAGAUGAAGGCUUGGUCGAGACUGAAGGCCGGUCGACAGCAUGGCAAGUGCAUACACGUAUGAUGAUUAACACAACGCCAGUCUACGUUGUGCGCUUCGAGCCACGGGAAGGCAAGAAUCAUCAGCUCAGGCUGCAUGCUGCUCAUGAACUCAAUGCUCCAAUCAUGUUUGAUCGACGCUACCCUUUGGCACCAGACGGCCUCAAACCGCUUUCCAUGACACAGCCGCGAGCAGAUUUGGUCAAACAAGCACCGCAGGACGGCAUUGCUCUGCAUUGCGCGAGCAUGACAUUUCGCUUUGGCUUGCAAGAGACCCACGUUGCGUGUGAGCCUCCUAGCCUUGGUAUAUGGCAACACUUUAGCAAGAUGUACGGCAUCAAUUGGACACAGGUUGCUCAUAUGGACAGCAUAUAGUUCAGCAUAUCAUACUCAGCGCUGUCGCUUUCUUGUCACUGCCUUUCCUUUUUGUACAAGGGGGUCGGAAUGGGAGCGCCCAAGAAUAUUGAGUGCCAUGGUGUUGCGCCAGACAAAGAAGCGCGGGGCAUUCUCAUCCUGCUCUGUCGCAUGUCUGAGCGAACGCCUCUCUGCGAUUUGAUCCGGUCUGCCAAUCAAGUACUGGGUGCGCGCUUCCAUGCUCUCGGCGAUGAUUUCGUAACGUGACUCCAAUGCUUGUCGCAGUUUCGUCUCCCUGUUCCCCUGAGUGAACAGC